AUGUAUAGAAACUCGGCGCAGCUGAGAUGCAUCAACGGCAUUCCGCCCAACGCCCUCCCUUCGCCCGACAACACUAGCGAUUCUGAUUCGGAACUUCUCGAUGCCCUCGACCAGAAGAGGAGGCAGUUGGACGAGGAAGUGGCCAGGUUCAAGGCUGCAAAGGACCGGGAGUUUCGCGAGUUUGAGAAGCAGUUGUGGGUCAAUAAGAAGAGGUCGCGGGUCGGGGCCAACAGUGCUUCCGAUGGCACGCCCACAAAGGCUUCGAUGACAGCCUCGACGCCCACGUCUGCUCUGAAUCUACUGGCUUCGACCCAGAACGGCUCUGUAAAUGGCUGGUCAGCCCACAAAGCGAGAAGAGACGGGGUGGUGGGUGACAAGGUCAUCAAGAAACCGCCCCCGCUGAGCGGCCCGACUCUGUCCCUGGAGAAAUUAAAUAUUGCGGGAGAAACCACCCCGCCGUUGCAUACGCUGGGGACGCCCCCAACGCCUACGAUCUUGACUCGUGCAAGAUCCCGCUCUCCCACAAACGCCGUGGUACGGCUGACCACGCCGCCGCCGCCUGCACGGCGAAGGAGCCAUUCUCCACCUGCGUCCACUCCGACGCCUUUGAAAGAUCGGUCCGAUCCCUUCGCUGGGGUGUUCACGCCCAUGUAUCUGCCUCUUCUGGAUUCGCGCGAUCGUACUCCGAUCGUGAAGAGUCCGCAACCCUUGACGUCUGAGGAAGAGGAGACGAAACGACUUCAACUGGAUGCGGAGUCGAAAGAACGCGCGGACAAUGUAUUGAAACAACAGACCCGAUCGUCUCAGUCAUUGCCUCCGCAGCCGGUCUCGCCGUCCGUGGUUGCAACCAAGCGUGCCCAGUCCACGUCCAUUUUGCCGAGUGCAAGCCUCCCCAGUGCCUUGAGGAGUGCCAGUGGGGGAGGAAGGAGAAGGAAGCAUGUCAUGUUCCAGCUGGCGGAUCUCAAAGUCGUCGAUCCAAGUAGCAGCUACGAAGAAGGGCCUAGUCCAGAGUUGGAGGCUGAGAAAGAUCCGAACGGUGAACCCGCACAGCAGGGCUUGGAGGACGAGCAUGUUCGCGAAGAAAUUGGUGAGGCGAGGGACAAGGGGAGUCCCACACUAUUGAGCGUGAAAGACAGGCGUCGAGGAAGAGGGCGGGGAGGUCGAUUCAUCUCGCCUAUCCCUUCACCAUUGGCGAGUCCUAACCCAACGUCCUCGGCCUCCCCAGCCUUUGAUGGAAAUCCACCCUCAUUGCAGCUUCCACACCUGAUCUCUUCCCCCGACGAGUCUGGGUUUUCCGGCGGCCUGAUUGGUGCCGCGGAUGGUGGCAGCGGGGUUGGAUUUUUCGAGCUCGACGAAGAGCUCGCGAGCCCAGCUUUGAGAGAUGGGAAACCAGCUGAGGCGUUUGAUCUCGAGGUCGAUGAGGACCUCAGCGAGAAGGUCGGCCGAGAUGGCGCCGACGGUGGUGAGAAAGGACUGGGACUCAGUCCGUCCCUCCAGGUGGGGAGCGUCCCCAUUGACAUUGUGAGACCCAGUGGGAGCUGGAUCGGGAGCUUUGGACAUUGA